CUGGCUGCCACUUCGCACACAGACAGCUCAGAAAAUCGAAUCUUUUAGUCAAAUUUCCUGAAAUACACAAGCGACGAAAACACAAACAGGAUGCCGCAGUCCACAGUUUUCACUUUCCUGGCACUAAUUAUAAUCAUUCGCGGCGUUUUAGCAGCCAACAUUCAUUACGAAAUAUUUGCGGAUAAUGGUCAUCCCAAUAAAUGCGUAAUUGAGGGUCCCAAGGGCGAGGUGAUCGUCGAGAGUGGUCAAUCCAUCCGCCAUCCAACAAAAUGCGCCCAAAUUGACUGCGGCAAAGAUGGUUGGGCCCUGGUCUUUUAUUGUGAAGAAAAGAAUCCUCCAAAAGGCUGUGAAAACGAUGGUUACGAAAAUAUUAAUGCUGACUUUCCCGAAUGCUGUGAGAUGAACUUAAAAUGCAAUUACGUUUAAGGUUGAUCACACUUUCCUAUGACUUUAAAAUUGUUUCUUCAAAAGAUGAAUAGUAUUGUAAAAUUGUUGAAAUAUAAAAAUGUAUCAAAAUAA